AUGGACGACAUGGAGUACCUUCCAAAGGUGAUCGAUGAGAAGAUCACUACAUGCGGCAGGAAUUCGGGCUCCUCUCUUUUCCCCCCUCGGGACUGGACCGUCAUGAACAAGAUAAGUGAGCAUCCAGUCCCGGUGGACAUAGAGGAUUUCGAGGAUGGCCGGGGCCCCGCCUUCACCAGUGGACGAUAUCUUUGUCGCUUUGCUGGUGCCGGCGGCAAGUUCAUGCACGCCUUUAUGCGCAUUGAAAAGCAGAUUCCUCUGGCUGGUACUACAUUUGAAAGACCUAGUGUUCGGCAGCAACAGGCCAGCCAGCCACCUGAUAACGUGGAGCUACAAGCCUUGAAGCAUUUUACAGAGGAAAAGGGCACUGCUGCCCCCAAACUCCUUGGAUAUCUAAUCGACAAACAAGACGCAAACGACCUUGUCCCUGGCGGAUAUAUCAUCUACCUUGUAUGGGAAAAGGUCCGAGGAGUUCCCCUCGAUCCCGAGAAGUUCUGGAGUUGUCGCCGCGAUCAGCGAAAUCUCAUCCGUGAGAAUUUCAGAAAGGCCUACAAAGAAAUUAUGAGUGCUGGAUACGACCUGGUCUUGCCGACUUCGAAAAACAUCAUAAUCAACUGGGCCACAAAUGAUGUCACAAUCUCCGGUUUCAGGGGAGCUGUCCGUACAGACCCGGACGAGGAAUGGGAUGACCGCGAUUUCGGGAGUUUUUGCCUGGUCCAAACUUCCUCGUGGUGCAAGAAGUACGUUCCCAUUAAGGCGGAGGAUGUCCAAGAUGACGAAAAUGGCUGGAGGUGGUGA